GUAGCGUUUGAUAUGAGAAAGGAUAGUAUAGGGUUGUAAAGGAGAGUGAUGAUUGGGCGGGGCAGAGGAUGCGUGGUCCGGUCUAGCCCAGCCACAUCUAGUCUGCCGCCGACUGCGUAGUUGCGCAGUAUUGCCACUGAGUGUCGUGUGUGCUAGUAGAAGAGGAUAUAAACGGUAUGCCGGUGCACGGGUCAGCCUUACUCUCUUUCUCCGGUCCUUUGUAAAACAUCGUGUUUCCUCCUCGAUUUAGGGUCGUUCACCCUGAACUCUAACGUGCUCGCGUUAUCCUUCGAAAUUCCAUUGUUUUUCUGCUGUGGUUUUCUUUCAUCGCAUUAUCAUUCUAAUUGAAUUUCCAGCAAGUUUUCUGAUACUUCCUUCUACACCGAGAAACUAUUGGUCAAUUACUCUCUCUCUAUCUCUCUCUCUCUCUCUCCUUCUCUCUCUGUGUCUCUCUCUCUAUUCUUCUAUCAACGGAAAUUGAGAGAUGAAGUAAGAAGAUAUUUAACGAAUAAGAAUGGAUAAAAUGGUGUGACCUUAAACGAAUCAAGACGACAAUAUCUAACAAGUUGAGAAAAGAAGAAAUUUCGUUGACAGAAAGCAUAGGAUUAAGUACAAAUGGCUACGCCACCAGACUCACCGGGACCGGAAGAGGCUCUUUUCGACUUCGAGAGUACAAGAACCAGACAACAGACUACAAGGCCGGUUGCCCUUGAAGAGUUGCUUCGACAAACCAAGUUCUCUAGGCAAGAAAUACGCGUGAUGUAUCGUGGCUUUAAACAGGAAUGUCCAGAGGGUGUAGUGCACGAAGAUUUAUUUAAGGACAUCUAUGCAAAAUUUUUCCCCCAUGGCAAUUCUAGUCUUUAUGCUCAUUACGUGUUUAAGGCGUUCGAUGUUAACUGCAAUGGUGCCAUGAAUUUUAGGGAUCUUCUCGUCAUUUUAUCGACUUUGCUACGAGGAAGUAUCUACGAGAAAUUACGAUGGAUCUUCAAGCUUUAUGAUAUAAACGGUGAUGGGUGCAUCACCAGGGGCGAGUUAUGGGAAGUAGUGAUUGCGGUACAUGAGCUUAUGGGUCGACGGCAUCACGCUGAAGAGGAAAGGAAAGCGAGAGAGCAAUUGGAUAGGGUGUUCAAGAAGUUUGAUCUAAACCAGGAUGGUAUAAUAACGAUCGAGGAAUUCAUGGAGAGUUGUCUAAGGGAUGACGUGACUACACGGUCGUUGGCAAAGUUCGACUACGCGUUUUGAUCUCCGGAGAAGGAAGAGCCCCCGGUGAUGACCACGACAACGCCGCCAACGCCGCUCUCUACCACUACGACUACCUUUUCACAAUCCCAAUCGCCUUCACCACCGCCGCCGUCCUACUCUUUGCUGCCACCUAUUCCACCGCCUUUGCCUUCUCAACCACCUCCAGGUUAUACCGUUCAGGAUCAGGAGCUUUAUAUGCUCUUAGCGGCGCACUGGUGGAAUCAACCGGAGGCUCCACUUUUUUGCUAAGGGAUAGGAUAAAAUAUGAUUCCCAAAUUCUACAAUAAAAAAUUCCAAUUUCAAGAAAAAUAAAGAAUAUUUAAAAAAAAAGCAAAAAAAAGACAAAAAUAAAAAAAAUCAAAUUUUUAAAAAUCUUGUAAGUUCAAGAAUUUAAUCAUGCUCGUAGUCAACAGAUGAACGAGCUACAUGUAUUUCUUCUUGCAGAAGAAUUAUUUUAUGUCACGUAAAGUGAGCGUUAAACUAUAAUAUCUAAACUAUAAUGGAAAAAGAAUACUUCCUUUGGGAGACGGGAGAUAAUUUGUCAAUUGUGGAAUCGAGAGUAAAAACUCGAGUCAGAAAUUAUCAUGAGAAAAAGAAAUGUUUCAAUAAAUUAGGAGAG